AUGAGCGCAAUUGCUUCUAACGAGGGGCCCAUCGUCGCCCAGGCUCAGGUGGCCGACGCACCCUAUGCCGGUACUGCGGUUGAGAAGACCUUCGCCCGUGGUUCCAUUGAUGCCUCCAUCCGAGAAUCAGAAGACUCUUACGAUGACGAGGUCACCGAGGCCGACCUCAACACUCUUCGCCGAGUAUCAGGCAAGAUCCCAUGGCCGGCUUUUACUGUUGCAUUCGUCGAAAUGUGUGAGCGUUUCUCGUACUACGGUACCACGAUUGUCUUUGUCAAUUUCAUCCAGCAGCCACUGCCUGAAGGCUCUACCACUGGCGCUGGCUACGAAGGUCAGUCCGGAGCACUAGGGAUGGGCCAGAGAGCGUCAACUGGCUUGGUUACCUUUAAUCAGUUCUGGGCCUAUGUGAUGCCCCUUUUGGGUGCUUACGUAGCCGAUGCCCACUGGGGACGCUACAAGACCAUCCAAGCUGCCAUCGCCUGCGCGGUCGUCGGCCAUGUGAUCUUGACUGCCUCGGCCGCACCCAGUGUUAUCAAGCAUGGUGACUCUGCACUCGCCGCUUUCACCAUCGGUCUCAUUAUCAUGGGAGUAGGCACCGGCGGCUUCAAAUCCAACAUCUCUCCUCUCCUGGCCGAACAGCAGACCGAGAUCAAAAAGCGUAUCCAAAUCCUCCCGUCGGGGGAAAGAGUCAUUGUUGACCCGACCGUCACCACCUCUCGAAUCUUUCUCUACUUCUACUUAUGUAUCAACGUCGGUUCUCUCAUCGGCCAGAUAGGCAUGGUUUAUGCUGAAAAAUAUGUGGGCUUCUGGCUAUCUUUUAUGCUGCCGACGGUUCUUUUCUUGUUGGCUCCGUUCGUCCUAGCACUUUGCCGCAAGCAUUACGUGCUCACGCCGCCGACGGGCUCCGUGUUUGCCAAGUUCUGGAAGCUCUGGACGUAUGCAGGCAAGGGUCGAUGGAGCAUCAACCUAUACCGGACCUACAAGAACCUGUCUGCCCCUGAUUUCUGGGAGCGCGUCAAACCCUCUCGAAUUCCUAACGCUGAGAGACCGGCUUGGAUGACAUUCGACGACGCCUGGGUUGACGAGGUCCGUCGGGGGUUGAAGGCCUGCGUUGUGUUUCUCUACCUACCGCUCUACUGGCUUGCCUACGGACAGAUGACUGGUAACUUGACAUCCCAAGCCGCCGUGAUGGAACUCAACGGCGUCCCUAACGACAUCAUUCAAAACCUCAACCCGAUCUCCAUCAUCAUUAUGAUCCCCAUCUUCGACUUUGUCAUCUACCCAGCUCUCCGCAAGGCUCGCAUCAACUUCACUCCCAUCAAGCGGAUUGCGUUCGGUUUCGCUCUGGCCAGCAUGGCCAUGAUCGCCGCCUGCGUCACUCAAGUCUACAUCUACCGCCUUUCAGAGUGCGGUACCCACGCCUCAGAUCCAGACUGUGAACCCGCCCCACUCAACGUCUGGAUCCAGACCGUUCCGUAUGUCCUUAUUGGCAUCUCCGAGAUCAUGGCCAGUAUUACCUCGCUGGAAUACGCAUUCACCAAGGCCCCCUACAACAUGCGCAGCUUCGUCAUGUCCAUCAACCUCCUGAUGAACGCCUUCAGCAGCGCUAUCGCGCAAGGCCUCGUCGCUUUGUCUGCCGAUCCGCUUCUCAUAUGGAACUAUGGCCUCGUCGCUGUCUUGGCUGCCGUCGGUGGCGUCUGCUUUUGGUUCAACUUCAAACGGCUCGACUCCGAGGAGGACAAGCUCAACAUGCUCCAGAUCAGCGCCUACCGCGGGAAGAAGGGAAGCAUUAGUGGACCAUCUACCACCGAGACCUUGUAUGAGAAAAACGAUGCUUCACCGUGA